GCUCAAAACCCUAAGCACAACCGAAAACCUUCUUUCACUGAUCUAGCUAAUUUCGCAACAGCAAAAAAAUCAAAUGGCAAACCCUAAGGUUUUCUUCGACAUGACCGUCGGCGGCCAGCCGGCCGGCCGGAUCACGAUGGAGCUCUACGCCGACGUCGUGCCGAAGACGGCCGAGAACUUCCGCGCUCUUUGCACCGGCGAGAAAGGCGUCGGCCGCGGCGGAAAGCCCCUCCACUACAAGGGAUCGUCGUUCCACCGUGUGAUCCCCAACUUCAUGUGCCAGGGAGGUGACUUCACCGCCGGAAACGGUACCGGUGGCGAGUCGAUCUACGGCGCCAAGUUUGCCGACGAGAACUUCGUGAAGAAGCACACCGGUCCCGGCGUGCUCUCCAUGGCCAACGCCGGUCCUGGAACCAACGGAUCGCAGUUCUUCAUCUGCACGGCGAAGACCGAGUGGCUCGACGGGAAGCACGUCGUGUUCGGCCAGGUCGUUGACGGUUACGACGUCGUCAAGGCGAUCGAGAAGGUCGGAUCCGGCAGCGGAAGGACCUCAAAGCCGGUGGUGGUCGCUGAUUGCGGUCAACUCUCUGAUCCAUCUCGUGAUGAUCUGUUGUCAUAUAGAUCUGAUGGUGAUCUAUCGUUUUUCAUUUCCGCUGCUUUCUAUUUCUGAAUCAUCUUUAGUUCGGUGCUUGUGUUUGGGAUUGUGAGAGGUUGUUCUGAGUGAGAUUAACCUCUUUUUUUAACUAUGGUUUUAGAUCUGAACUUCCUUUCUCAAUAAGAUUCGAUUUCCAUUUCAAA